AUGGAUCUCCCGACAGAAAUAAUAGUAGAGAUACUCAAAAAUGUUGCAUAUUCUGAUAUAAAAACCUGCCAGUACGUUAAUAGAUAUCUCAAUCGCCUUAUCAGUGAAAAUUCAAAGUAUUUACCAAGAAGAAGGGUUGCAGUGAGGAUCUUUCAGAAAAGUGGUGUCACCUUUGUAUCCAAUACAACUCGACACUUUAAGGAAGAGGAAUUUAUUCACUUCAAAGCCAAGGACUGGAGCAGAGUGGCUGUGGAUAGUUUGGUGCUGGAGAAUAUUGGAAUGGAAAGUUGUGAGACGCAGUGGGUACUGCAAAAGCUUCUCACUUGUCUGAAGAUGUCAAGGCAGUUGCGAAUUAGAUUUCUAAAACUGGACUGUGUAGAGAUUAGCGACAGCAGCCACCAACAACUGUCUGAAUUUUUCCGAUUCGUGCUGCCCUACUGUGAGGAGAUCCAGAUGGUUCGCUGCGUACUGCCAACAGCCCCAACGCCCGCUCAGAUAACUAGUUGUAAAGCAUUGAACCACUACCGAUUGCUCGACAGUAGAAGCGCUCCAAUGAAUGGAACAAAUGACGCUGUGUUGGAAAUAUACACUCAUGAUGUUUGUAGCAACUCCGGCAAGAAGUCGUUUCAUGCUGAGAUGAGCUGUGCGACACCUUCAAAAGUUUGCGAUUUCAUACAGGCAUGGACAUCAUCCGCUGCUGUUCCCUAUUUCAACAUCACUCUUAGCGAAUGUGAUGAAGCUUGGCGUUCAUCGUUCAGCGAGGAAUGUCGUCGGAGAAACAUUUCCAAUGCAUGCAUGGAAUUUGCUUCUACCGUUCUCAAAACAGCUCAUGUGAAGGUUGUUUUUGUGAAUGAUGCGCAGCUCUGUCGUAUGUGGCCAGUUUUCGAUGUGCCAGCUCGAAAUGGACCAGAAAUUUGUUACAAUCGGUAUUAUAGGGAUUUUUAG